AGUUGAUGAAGCCACCUUAGUUGUUGUCUCUUAUAGUGGAGGGAUACUGAUAAGAAAAAAAAUGACCGUUACAUACGUUGAAACAGUACAAAUACUCACAAAAUAUGAUAUAAAUACUUCACCUGAUCACUUCCUUCCCUUGUAUCUUUGUCAGACUUUCUUCUCUUUUUUUGUCCUACGAUGAACUAAUUAGAAGAAAUAGAUUCAAGAAGAAGAUAAUUAGCUCAUCAAACAUUCCUUAUUAAUAUUUUUGUCUCAUUAAAUAUAUAAAUCAUAUAGAAUUAUUUAUUUAAUUAUGGGUUCUUUAUGUUUUUGUAGUUUGACACAUUUGAUUUUAGUUGCGUUGUUAUGCUUAUUAUUAUUAUUAUCCUUUGAAACCUUGCAGGUAGUGAAGGGAAGCCGGCACCAGCUGCGACACCACGCUUUGCCACCGGAAAAUGCACAACCACCGUCUCCUAGAGUGAGUUUUAGAAGAGGACAUCACCGUAACUGGGUGAGACCGUCUGAGUUCCGGCAUAUCACCGUCGAUAUCGGUGGUGGAGGAGAUUUUGUUUCUGUGCAGGCGGCUGUGGAUGCUGUUCCUGAUAAUAAUAUGGUUAAUGUCAUCAUUCAUAUUCGUCCUGGAAUCUACAAAGAAAAGGUAGUGGUAGCAGCAACGAAACCAUACAUAACAUUUGAAGGAGCAGGAAGAAAAGUGACGGUAAUAGAGUGGCAUGAUAGGGCAUGUGACCCUGGCCCUAACGGAGAACAGCUUCGUACCUACCGCACUGCUUCUGUUACUGUCUUUGCUGAUCUUUUCUCCGCAAGAAACAUCAGCUUCAAGAACACAGCACCAGCUCCGCUUCCAGGAAUGCAAGGAUGGCAGGCUGCAGCGUUGAGAAUAUCGGGAGACAAAGCAUUGUUUUCAGGAUGUGGAUUUUAUGGGCAUCAAGAUACCUUAUGUGAUGAUGCUGGUCGUCAUUACUUUAAGGACUGCUAUAUUGAAGGUUCCAUUGAUUUCAUCUUUGGUAAUGGUCGCUCCAUGUACAAGGACUGUAAAAUACACUCGACUGCAAAAAGGUUUGGGUCCAUAGCAGCACAAUACAGGCAAAGAAAAGAAGACAAAACAGGAUUUGCAUUUGUAAACUGCAAGGUGACAGGGAAUGGACCAAUAUAUGUGGGGCGAGCAAUGGGGCAGUAUUCCAGAAUUAUUUACUCUUUUACUUAUUUUGAAGAUAUAGUUGCCCAUGCCCAUGCCCAUGCUGGUUGGGAUGAUUGGGACCACAUCAAUGGUAAAAACAAGACUGCGUUCUUUGGGACGUACAAGUGUUGGGGUCCAGGAGCUGGUGCAGUAAGGGGUGGUUCAUUAGCAAGAGAACUUGAUUAUGAUACAGCUCAUCCAUUCCUAGCCAAGAGCUUUGUGAAUGGAAGGCACUGGAUUGAACCAUCUGAUGCUUAAUACUCAAAAUUCAGUCACUACUACUACACAUUAUUUAGAAAUAGCUAGGAAUUCUUUGAUUCAAUUAUUCAUUAGAAGCAAAUGCCCUCUUCUACUUGAUAUUCUUUGUUCAUUUGUUCAUUUUUUUAAUGUAGAUAAUACAUUGUAACAUAAUAUACUUCCAAGUUCAUUUUUGUUGAAAUUUUAAGACAAAGUUUCAAAUUGAUAUACCCUUUAUUUAACAAUGAAGUAGUGGCAUAGUGGAAAAACAAAUACAGGGAUGCUAUAUUCAUAACAUUUAAAAAGAAUGGUAAAGCUACG